CCGUACCCGUGGGAAGAGAAAGGGAGGAGGAAGAAACAGGUGGGAGAAGCCCUGCGGACAGUGCCGUUGCUGCAGAAAACGAAAUUAGUAAAACCCUUCCUUCCCCGACUGCGCCGCAAACCCCCGACUUCACCACCGCCAAGGACCUCUUCAGCCCGCCGAGGUCUUCGUCUCCUCCUCAACAGCUAGCGGCUCCUCUCUGUCCCUGUCGGCAUCAAUGGCAAAGAAGAGAAGCAGGCUGCAGAAUCCGGAACCAUUCCUCCCGGAGGAGAAUGCCUCCGUCGCUUCCUCGAAGAAGCGUUCCAAAGCUCCCAGGAACCACCAGCAACAAGAGAAGACGAUAGCUUCCGGGAUAAGCUCGAAGAUUCUCAAAGAGGCUCUGAUUCAGCAGAGGGAGAUUGAAGAGGAAGCUCAGGAAAGAAAUCCUACCAGGGAGGCGUUUGCUGACAUAGCCAAGCACAGCGGAGGAGAAGUGGAAGACGAAGAUGGCGAUAUUGAUGAUUUCGCGGGGUUUUCUGAGACUCAAAGUCGCUAUGAUGAUUUUGAGGGGGAGAUUGAUGAGGAAGAUGAGAGAAUAUUGGAGGCUUUCUUAUCAAAGGGUCCUAGUAAGGAGCCUACACUUACAGAUAUCAUUGUUAAGAAGAUCAAGGAGAACGAUGCACAAGUUUCUUCAGAAUCGCGGCCUUUACCCAAAAUGGACAGCUCGGUGAUAGAUUUGUACAAAGGGGUUGGUGAGUUCAUGAGUAAAUACACAGCUGGCAAAGUUCCUAAAGCAUUCAGAAAGAUCACUGCAAUGCAACACUGGGAAGAUGUCUUGUACCUUACUGAACCUGAGAAAUGGUCCCCAAAUGGGAUGUAUCAAGCUACAAGGAUCUUGGCGUCGAACUUGGGUUCGAAGAAGGCUGAGCGGUUUUAUAGACUAGUUUUGCUUCCUCGAGUUAGGGAUGACAUUAAGAAGAAUAAGAGAUUGCAUUUUGCUCUUUAUCAGGCGUUGAAAAAGGCUAUUUUCAAACCUGCGGCAUUUAACAAGGGAAUAUUGUUUCCAUUGUGCAAGUCAGGAACAUGCAAUCUUAGAGAAGCAGUCAUUGUUGGAAGUGUUAUUCAAAAGGUCACCAUUCCUAUGCUUCAUUCCAGUGUUGCCUUGCUGAAGCUUGCAGAAAUGGAGUACUGCGGCACAACAAGUUAUUUCAUCAAGCUUCUUUUGGAAAAGAAAUACGCGCUGCCAUAUCGUGUUAUUGAUGCACUUGUUGCUCAUUACAUGAGAUUUAUGGAGGAUUCAAGGAUCAUGCCUGUAAUUUGGCACCAAUCACUACUGGCAUUUGUUCAAAGGUACAAGAAUGAACUCCAAAAGGAAGAUAAAGUGAACCUUAGAACCUUAGUCGGAAGACAGAGGCACUAUCUGGUGACUCCUGAAAUUGUUAGAGAACUAGACAACAGCAGGAAUCGUGGUGAAAAGGAGGAUGAUCUUAUGGCAAUAAAUAUCCUUUGACUGUGAACUAGUUUGAAAGUUUCGCUACUUGUUAACUGUUGACCUCUCUUCUUCAUUACAGCUGGCGUGUAAAGUCUUAUUUCAUUCUGUGAAUUCCUUGACUUAACAUUACCAUCUGUUUCUGUAAUCAACAAGACAAUCGAGGAAGACAGGUUUGAUAUACCGGAAGUUCCUAUGGAGGAGGACUAAGGUGCUUAUCUCUGUCCUUAAAUCUCAUUAUUAUCGUAUUUCUUAUCUCUUGAUGUUUAGGCCGCGGUUGCUUGACAGUUCUUUAAACUAAGUUUUUCCCUCGAAUCGCCAGGGCUUUCUACUACUUCGUGGAAGUAAUGUGCCGGCUGGCUACUACCGAUGAAUAGUUCUCUGGAGAAGACUAAAUUUUGAUUCUUGAGCUCAGUUAUUAAUUAGAUUUAGGCGGGUUGGGUGAGAAACAAGAACAACUUGUAUCUUUUGUGAUUUUUACAGCUUUUUAUCGUGGGAGGGAUGUCUAUCUCAUGCGAAGGAAUCACUAUUGGCCAACUUGUUUGAAAUAUAUAUGGUUUGUAAGGAAGUGGUUAAGUAUUAUACAUCAAUCUUUUCUAACAAUUCGAGUUAUUGAGAUCAGUUGGUUUAUGAUAUGGUAUCAAUAUAGAGCUGUUUUGUCCAUGAGUUAUGUGUUUAAGUCCUCACGAUUCUCAGCAUUAAUCGUUGUCUUCAAGUAUAUGGUAUUGUGGGUCUGUGCAAACUUCAAGUCCAUGAGUCGGCUUUCAUUUGAGUGGGUGUGUAAGGAAGUGACUAAGUACUAUACAUGAGUCUCUCGCAACAAUUCGAGUUAUUGUUACUAGUUAGUUUAUGACAUGAUUUAGGUUGUGACAAUUCUGAGCAUUCGCGUUUUAGGCUUGCAAUGUUUGUUUGAGCUUCUUCAUUGUCCAUAAACACAUGUUUACCUACAAUCUUUGUUUACACUCAUGCUAUGCAUUGUUUCUCGAAGGUCUUUCACCAUUUCGUUCUCAGAACAACAACAAAUGAAGAAACCCACCAGGAGUGUAAUCAAACCAUUGACGUUCA